CUUCGUCACUCCCCAAAUCCGAAACCUCCCCCCUCUCCCCGCUCCGGCGCCACCACCAAAACCCUAGCCCUCUCUCUCUCUCCCCGAUCUCGCCGGCCGCCGCCGCCAUGGACGACAGCCUCUACGACGAGUUCGGCAACUACAUCGGCCCGGAGCUCGCCGACUCCGACGCCGAUGACUCCGACGCCGACGCCUCCCCGUCCCCUUCUCCGUCCCGCUCCCCCUCCCCGGCGGCGCGCUCCCCGUCCGGCUCCCCCUCCCGCCCCGCCGCCCUCAUGGACGUCGACGACGAAGACGGGGCCGACCCCUCCCAGGGUGCCGUCGUCCUCGCCGAGGACAAGAAGUACUACCCCACCGCGGAGGAGGUGUUCGGCCCGGGGGUGGAGGCGCUCGUCAUGGACGAGGACGAGCAGUCGCUGGAGCAGCCCAUCGUCGCGCCGCCCCGCGUCGUGCGCUUCGAGGUCGGCACCCGCGCCGAGGCCACCUCCACCUACGCCACCACCGACUUCCUCCUCGGCCUCGCGGCCAACCCGGCGCUGGUGCGCAACGUCGCGCUCGUUGGCCACCUGCAGCACGGGAAGACGGUGUUCAUGGACAUGCUCGUGGAGCAGACUCAUGAGGUGGAUACGUUCGACUCCGAGGGAGAGCGCCAUGUGCGGUUCACCGACACCAGAGUGGAUGAGCAGGAGCGGCGGGUGUCCAUCAAGGCCGUGCCGAUGUCCCUUGUGCUUGAGGCGGGAAAUGGCAAGUCAUACCUGUGCAAUAUCAUGGACACGCCUGGACAUGUCAAUUUUUCUGAUGAGAUGACUGCUGCCCUGCGGAUUGCCGAUGGGGCUGUGCUUGUCGUUGAUGCUGCUGAGGGUGUUAUGGUAAAUACUGAGAGGGCAAUUCGUCACGCAACACAAGAAAGACUUCCCAUUGUUGUUGUGAUUAACAAGGUUGAUAGAUUGAUUACAGAGCUAAAGUUGCCUCCAAAUGAUGCAUACUUCAAGCUGCGGCAUACACUGGAGGCAAUCAAUGAUCUCAUCUCAUCUUGUUCUACCACAGUAGGUGGCACUCAACUGGUCGAUCCUGCUGCUGGAAACGUCUGUUUUGCGAGUGGUUCUGCAGGCUGGUCUUUUACCUUACAAUCUUUUGCACACCUUUAUUUAAAGAUCCAUGGGAUUCAAUUUGACCAUGAGAAAUUUGCAUCUCGUCUGUGGGGAGAUCUGUAUUAUCACCCUGACACUAGAACCUUCAAAAAGAAGCCUCCAAAGGAAGGAGCUAAUAGAUCAUUUGUUGAGUUCGUCCUGGAGCCGUUGUAUAAAAUAUACAGUCAAGUUGUUGGGGAGUCAAAGGGUAAGGUUGAAGCAACUCUUUCUGAGCUGGGUGUUACACUGAGCAAUGCAGCCUAUAAGCUUAAUGUUAGGCCUUUGCUGAGACUAGCUUGCCGCUCAAUUUUCGGGACUUCUACUGGCUUUACUGAUAUGCUAGUGAAACACAUACCCUCUGUCAAGGAUGCUGCUCCAAGGAAGAUAGAACACAUAUACACUGGUCCACAAGAUUCUGCUAUUGUGGAUGCUAUGAAAAAAUGUGAUCCGCAUGCGCCCCUUAUGGUUAAUGUUACAAAGUUGUAUCCUAAGUCUGACUGUAGUGUUUUUGAUGCCUUUGGACGGGUUUAUAGUGGCACAAUACAAACUGGACAAACUGUACGGGUUCUUGGAGAAGGUUAUUCUCCUGAUGAUGAAGAAGAUAUGACUGUCAAAGAAGUUACUAAGUUGUGGGUAUAUCAGGCAAGGUACCGUGUUCCAAUUAGUAAAGCCCCUGCUGGUUCUUGGGUUCUUAUUGAAGGCGUAGAUGCAUCAAUCAUGAAAACUGCAACUAUAUGUCCUAUGAAAAUGGACGAAGAUGUAUACAUAUUUAGACCUCUACGUUUCAAUACUCUACCUGUCGUAAAAAUAGCAGCUGAGCCUCUAAACCCAAGUGAGCUCCCUAAGAUGGUGGAAGGUCUUCGUAAAAUCAGCAAGAGUUAUCCUCUUGCUGUUACUAAGGUGGAAGAGUCUGGAGAACACACUAUCCUUGGGACUGGUGAGCUUUAUCUAGAUUCUAUAAUGAAGGACCUCAGAGAGCUUUACUCUGAGGUAGAAGUGAAGGUUGCAGACCCAGUUGUGACCUUUUGUGAAACAGUUGUUGAUACUUCUUCGAUGAAAUGCUUUGCUGAGACACCCAACAAGAGGAACAAAAUUACCAUGGUUGCUGAACCAUUGGAGAAGGGCUUGGCUGAAGAUAUUGAGAAUGGCCUUGUUAGCCUGGAUUCGAGGCAGAAACAAAUCACCGAUUUCUUUCGUCAACGCUACCAGUGGGAUGUGCUAGCAGCAAGGUCAAUAUGGGCCUUUGGACCUGAAAAGCAGGGUCCUAACAUUCUCUUGGAUGACACACUUUCUGUUGAGGUGGAUAAGAACUUACUGAAUGCAGUCAAAGAUUCAAUUGUUCAAGGGUUUCAGUGGGGUGCUAGAGAAGGUCCGCUGUGUGAUGAACCAAUUAGGAAUGUGAAAUUCAAGAUCUUGAAUGCUAACAUAGCUCCUGAACCAUUGCACCGUGGUGGUGGUCAGAUAAUUCCAACAGCUCGUCGUGUGGUUUACUCUGCAUUCCUAAUGGCUAAUCCGCGCCUUAUGGAGCCUGUCUAUUAUGUUGAGAUCCAAACACCCAUUGACUGUGUCUCUGCCAUAUAUACGGUGCUAUCCCGGCGGAGAGGGCAUGUAACAGCUGAUGUACCCAAACCAGGCACUCCAAUAUAUGUUGUUAAGGCAUUUUUACCAGUUAUAGAGUCGUUUGGAUUUGAGACCGACCUGAGGUACCACACACAGGGACAGGCCUUUUGCGUAUCAGUGUUUGAUCACUGGGCAAUAGUUCCUGGUGACCCUUUAGACAAGAGUAUUGUCCUCCGGCCUCUGGAACCAGCACCAAUACAGCAUCUUGCCCGUGAGUUUAUGGUGAAGACUAGGCGAAGGAAGGGCAUGAGUGAGGAUGUGAGCAUCAACAAGUUCUUUGACGAGGCCAUGAUGAACGAACUGGCGCAACAGGCUGCUGAUCUCCAUCUGCAAAUGAUGUAAAUUGUGAAAGUGGGAAGCGGUUCCUUCAUAUUGAUGAUCUUCAGAAGAUGCGAUGGCUCACGUGGAAUCAACCGUUGGAAUCAGCCAAGAGCCUCUGAUUCGCAUGCCCAUUCCUGUUGCUCUUUUGAUCUGCCGCAUUUUGAUGGUCGGGUGUUUUUGUUACAGAUUACUGUUUUAGACAGCCCCAUCUAUCUUCAUGUUUAUGUAUGUACACUUCCUGUAACAUCUACAUCAUCUAACAUUACAUUAUCAAUUAAUUAGCCAUUCAGAACAGGGGACAAGUCUUGACAGGCGAUGAGAUCAACAUGGAUGGUGUUAUGACUGCUGUGAUCCUUUUUUUCCCCUUGUCUAUUGUUCCAACUAAUGCACU